AUCAAUUUUUAGGUUAGGGAAAUGUCAAAGGUGUACUUAAAUAGGCCAAAAUAGUAAAAAAUAGUAAAUAAUGAGUUCAAAAACAAAAUGUAACAUCAGUUCAGACGGCAGUGUAUCUUUAUGCGAUAUUUUGAGUUCUUUCAACUCCUCGAUAAAAGAAGAACAUGCCUGGGCACUGUGCUAUCAAAUCACAAAGUAUUUCCACGACUGUCUUCGAACGAGAAAACAAAAUGUUUACGUCAUUACUGAGGUACAGCACGUAUACUUGAAGACUGACGGCAACGUGCACGAAAAGACGGCACUAGCUGGAGAAACCCCUAGAAAAGUACUCCGAAGCGAGAAGGAUGUUACAGCAGGCAUUGGUGUGGUGAUUUACACUGCCCUAGAUAUGGAUAUUCAGAGUGGUGAAGAGUUAGUUAUAAGCAAUGAUUUAGAACAAUUGAUAAAUGACAUGAUAACCGAGGAGCUGAACGGUUCCGACCACAGCCACCACGAGACUGAUGAUGAGGGCAUCGAGAGGGACUCAGAGGACAACGAAGAACCCAGCUCGUCGCGUAGCGUGGCGCACAUAACACUGCAGGAAGUAAUCAGGCGUUGUGAAAGACACUUGGAAACGCUCACAGAAGCACAAGCGGAAGCACACUACAAGGCUGUGGUAAGAGCUUUGGUAGCUGAGGCUCUGGAACUAUCUAUGUUCUUGGAAAAAGUAGCACAAGGAAGCAUAAACUUGCCUUCAAGUAGUACAAACUCGAAUUUGGAACAGUUGCAGUUUUCAGACUGGGCUAAGUUCUGGGUGCAGGUCAUGGGGGAGCUCAGAACUGGCGUAAAAUUGAAAAAAGUAAACUUCAGUAAGGCUCCCAUAGAAUAUGAGUUGACGCCUUACGAAGUUUUGAUGAAAGAUAUCCGGAAUUAUAAAUAUAGUUUAAGGAAGAUUAUGGUUCAAGGAGACAUCCCUUCGAGAGUCACCAAAGAUGCUCAUGCAAUCAUUUUAGAAUUCAUCAGAUCUAGGCCUCCAUUGAAGAAAGUUAGCGAUAGAAAGUUGGCUCCCCAGCCAAGAACUUUAACUCCGAGAGAGCAACUGCUGAACUCAAUCAAAAAAGGAAGAAAGCUCAGACCUGUGCCAAUACCUCGUUCUCGUAGUAAAAUUGAAAAUCCUAAAUCAACCCCCUUAGAGAUACCCACACCCCCAAAACCUGCACCAAGGAAGCUGAUCAAAGUAGAUUUCUCUCAGUUUGAGGAUGAAGACGAAGACGAGCCAGAUAAUACUCCCGACUCAACUACAGAACCAGGCUUGUGGUCUAACGAGUACCCUCAAAUAUGUGAAGGUACUCUUGAUGCCUACGAUCUUGCUACUCAAACCUAUACGCGAACAAACAUGAGGAGAAAUACUUUGGAGGUAGUUGAAGCAAACAUAGGCUGUUACUCGGUACCCCAAUCAAGGCCGUGCUCAAGGCAGUCGUGCAACAGUUCAGAGGCCGAAUCAGUGCAGCUGGAGCCAGAAGUAGCCAGACAGAUCCAAGACGAGCUGACUUGCACACAGAGCUGGCAGGAAACCAUAUCAUUAGACGACAGGCUGUCUCUCACUUUGGCUGAAAUUGUACACAUUAGGACUGUACUUACAAAGGCUGAGCUAGAGGCUCUACCGGUGGAGGGAAAGGUGAGACAUGAUGUGGAAACCCGCAAAGUGUGUUUCCUUUGUCUGAAGACGCGUUUUGGCAUCUUCGGUCCGUGGGGUCAGCGGUGCACCCUCUGCAAGCGCACCGUCUGCUCCAAAUGUUUCUCCAGAAUGAACAUCCCCAUGGAACACUUCUCCAGCGUCCCCGUGGUUUUGCUCAGCCCCAGCAUCAUGUGUACGCCCGAAGAGGAGACCAAAGAGUCCAUUGCCAGAGCACUGGUGAAUAAACUGACUUCAGAGCCCGAGUCGAAAAGCGCCAGUCCGGAGCACAGCAGGCCGAGCUCCAGCAUGGAUGGCAGCAUCGUCAGCGAUCCGGGCAGGUCCAAACGAUUCCAACCGAGAAAGCCGAGAGGCUCACAGAUGAUCGUCUGCCUCGACUGCAAGAUGAUGGUGCUGCAGAUCAUCAAAUCUGCCAGGGCAAACCGGUCCGCAAUAAGGAACAAGACUUUGCAGACACUCACCCUCAACCUGUCUCCUGUUUUCUAAUCAUGUAUCAAUCAUAGUAGCUGUCACCAAA